AUGCCGGCUAUCAGAUGGAAGCCAGAACCUUCCCUUAUUUUGAUCUUCCUCUUCUUCCUCUUGCUACUCCACAAAAUAAACUCAGAAUCAAUUUCCUUCAGCUUCAAAGUUUUCGAGUCCCAGCCCGACCUAUUACCCAUAGCAUUAGCAGGCGAUGCCAUUUCAUACGGCGGAGCUAUGCUUCUCACCAAGAGAGAUUUCAAGCGAGGGGCGAACCUCACGAUGCGCCAACACAGCGUUGGACGAGCAGUGUACUUAACACCAAUCCACCUUUGGAAUAGUGACACCGGAAAAGUCGCAGACUUCACCACCGAAUUCUCCUUCGUGGUGGCUUCCGACGGUUCUAUUCUUCACGGGGACGGCUUGGCCUUCUUCAUAGCGCCGGUCGAAACCGCUCUUCACAUCCCUGCAAACUCAUCAGGUGGCUAUCUCGGAUUGUUCGGUCCGGAAAUAGCCUUCAGCACCUCCCGGAAUGAGAUCGUGGCCGUCGAACUGGACAGUUUCGGGAACGAAUGGGACCCAAUUCCUGAACCUCUAGCUGCUCACGUAGGAAUCGACGUUAACUCUCUUAGGUCUCUGAAAACUGCUGAUUGGCCAAUUAACCUCGUGCCACGAGGUUCCAUAGGGAAGGCUCGUAUAACAUACGAUGCAAGGACCACGACACUGAGUGUGUUGAUUAGUUAUACUGAUACUCAACCUAAUAGGUUUGUGUCGCUAUCGCAAACCAUUGACUUGACGACUGUGCUGCCGGAAUGGGUUAGAAUUGGAUUCUCGGCGGCCACAGGCGAUCUGGUUGAGGCCCAUGACAUUGUUUCGUGGUCUUUCAGUUCGUUCCUUCCUGAAGAAAGCGAUUAA